AAUCGGGGAGGGCGGGCUGUCCGCGCACGGCCGGGUCGCUCCCUCCGCGCUGGGGCCCGCCCGCGGGGCCGGCCGCCUGUCAGAGGGAGGUGGCGAUGGGGCGCUCGGUGGCGGUGGCGGUUGCGGCGGCUUCCCCGGUCCGAGUGCAGGGAGGAGAAGAUGACUGACCGGCCGACUGACUGAAUGAAUGAAUGGCGGAGCCGAGCGCGCCAUGAAGAGCCUGCCAAGCCUGGGCGGCCUCGCCCUGUUGUGUUGCGCCGCCGCCGCCGCAGCCGCCGCCGCCUCGGCAACCUCCGCGAGGAAUGUCACCGGUGGCCCUGGGGCCGCAGGGCAGGUGGACGCGUCGCCGGACCCGAGGCUGGGGAGCGAGCCCACUCCCCCUUUCUCUAAGGCAGCGGCUCCCACGGCCCUGACCCCGAAGACCGGAGCCCCGCGCGCCACUGUCCACAGAGCCCUUCCUGCGUCCUCUUCAGCCCCGUCUCCAGAGACCACCCCUCCUCGGGCGACGGCCGGACCCGCUCCGACCUCCUCGCAGCCUCCUCUCGGUCCCUCGCCGACCACUCUUCCGGCGGAGGAGCGCGCUCCGACCGCCACUCGGCCGACGACCGGACCCGCGCCCACCGCCCUCCCGACGACCGCUGGCCCGGCGCCGACCACCCCUUCGGCGACCACCGUUCCGGCGCCCGCCACUCCGCCGACCCCGACCCACGGUCUCCCCCGCAGCAGCAGCAGCAGCAGCAGCGUCCCGCCCACGCCACCUGCCACCGAGGUCCCCACUCCUCCUCCCCCAGAAUACGUCUGUAACUGCUCUGGGGUCGGGAGCCUGAGUGUGAAUCGCUGCAACCAGACCACAGGGCAGUGUGAGUGUCAGCCAGGUUAUCAGGGGCUUCACUGUGAAACCUGCAAGGAGGGCUUUUACGUGAAUCACACUUCUGGGCUCUGCCGGCCAUGUGACUGCAACCCACAUGGAGCCCUCAGCAUGCUCUGCAGCAGUUCUGGGAAAUGCCCGUGUAAAGUGGGUAUCACCGGCGCUACAUGUGAUCGAUGCCAAGAUGGAUAUUACAACUUUAGUAAGAGUGGCUGCUUGCCCUGCCGAUGCAAUAAUCGGUCUGCCAGUUGUGAUGCCCUCACAGGUGCUUGUUUAAAUUGCCAGGAAAAUAGCAAAGGGGACCACUGUGAAGAAUGCGAAGACGGAUUUUAUCAGAGUCCUGAUACCGCUAGAGAAUGCCUCCGCUGCCCUUGUUCAGCAGUGACAUCCACAGGCAGUUGUAUCCUAAAAUUGGGUGAAUUGGAACCUAAAUGUGUCCAGUGUAAAAAUGGUUACACAGGCCAGAACUGCAAUAAAUGCGAAAAUGGGUAUUACAAUUCUGACAGCAUCUGUAUGAAGUGCCAGUGUCAUGGCCACGUGGACCCAAUCAAAACUCCAAAGAUUUGCAAGCCCGAGAGUGGUGAGUGCAUCAACUGCCUCCAUAACACCACUGGGUUUCGGUGUGAGAAGUGCCUAGAAGGCUAUUUCCGAGACCACGAAGAAAAUUGCAUCAAGAAAGAAGUUAUUGUUCCAACACCUGAAGGUUCCACCAUUUUGGUUUCCAAUGCCUCUUUGACCACAUCCGUGCCCACCCCUGUUAUAAAUAGUACACUUGCCCCCACAGCCCUGCAAACUAUCUUUUCAGUAAGCUCUGCUGAAAACAGCACGUCAGCUUUAGCCGAUGUAUCAUGGACCCAAUUUAACAUCAUCAUUUUGACCGUCAUCAUCAUUGUGGUGGUGCUGCUGAUGGGAUUUGUGGGGGCCGUAUACAUGUACCGGGAGUACCAAAACCGGAAGCUCAAUGCCCCCUUUUGGACCAUCGAGCUGAAAGAAGACAAUAUCAGUUUCAGCAGCUACCACGACAGCAUCCCCAACGCGGACGUGUCAGGACUGUUAGAGGAUGAUGGCAAUGAAGUGGCUCCCAAUGGGCAGCUGACCCUGACAACACCCAUGCACAACUACAAGGCGUAGGGAACCAGGACUGAGCUCCGGGAUGGCUGGACCGCGUCGGACCCGGGGACACACAGACCUGGGCGGAGCUGCUGCGAAAGCUCAGGCACGUAGUGCGUCCGGAAUGCCAGGUGCAAAUUCAUGAGGCACUUAGCCUAUUGCUCUGUUUCCCCAAGAAGAUCUGAAGUCGUCACUGUCAAUAAGGACUUGAAGUAAAGUAUAUUUUUGUACCGAACCACAUGGGAGUAUCGAAAGGCUGAACCCCGUACUGCAGCCCCAAUCCACUCUGACCUCCAAAUAGACUCCCGGGGAGUGUUCGCUCAGCCAGUGGAAACAGGACGUGGACGUGGAGGGCUGAGGACAGCCAGAAGACUUCAUCUCCAUUCCUGAAACUUUUCUUAAAGAGGAGGGUCAGGGAUGGUAUUCAUUUUACUGUACUAAACGACAUCAUUGAGGAAGAGCUGAUGUCUGAGCUGUGUCACAAUAAACAACCUGGAUUGUUUCUAGAAUGGGAGUGGAAAAGGCCUACGAAGGUCUUUAGAGAAGUUUGAUUUUUCCUUCCAGAAUUCUUGCUUGAAAGUAGGAUUAAGGCACAGGGAAAGCUUCUGAUGUCAGAGAGAGGAAGGCAACCUCUGGAGCUGGGAGCUGGUAGUCCUUCUUAGGGUCUCCAUGUAAAUGAUAAAUUGUCUAAAAAUAGGGAAUAUUCUUGCCUCUAGAGAAAUAAGUGUAUAUAGUUAAUGUAGCAUAUCUGGUCAACAUUGUAUUUGUAUCUAUUUGUAAAAAAAAAUCAUGUCAUAUUUUAUCAUCUAGAAUGUAUUUGUACAGCAGUUAAUGGUGUUGUAAAAAGAAAAUAUGGGGAUUGGUUAAAAUACUGUAAAAUAGAUGGCAAUAUUGCUAGAGCUGGGACUCUGGUGAGCAUCAGUCAUUUUUAGUCCCUCUUUGGACAUUGUUGAAAUUUGUAAGAGGUUGAAUGUUUCUAAUCUUUCUCUCCCUUUCUCAAUCUAAAAGUAGAGUUAUGUGUUCUUUGACUUAUAGAUUCAAGCAAUAGAUUUUGAAGUCAGUGAUUGUUAAGCUGGGACAUGGGCUGCACUCUCCAAGCUACUCAUCUGAUUAGCCAUUAGCCACUCUAUAUAUUUUACAUAGAUUAAUGUAGAACAUGUCCUCAUUAAAAAAUGGUCUUCCAAAAGAAUUGGGAUAUUUUAGUUCCAAAAGAAAAGCCAUCAUAAUACUUGGGGUCCCCUGUUUUCAUGUCUAUGAAAUAUUUAUAUUUCUCGUCCCCUUCUCAAAACAAUACCUCCUACAUUGGAACAUAGCCUCACCCUCAUGCCAUGAGGUGGGUACCAUCUCUCUGCAGUGCUCCACUUCUCCGACCUUCUUGUCCAGUUAGAGCAUCAGUUCUCAACCUGUGGGUCGCGACCCCUUUGGGGGUCGAACGACCCUUUCACAGGGGUCACCGCAUACUUGUAUGUGGGU